UUCCGAUGAGAAUUCAUGGCUUCGGAUUUGAGUCGAUGAUCGAUGAAAAUGUGCUGAUUGCAUGGCAAGAGAGAAACAAAGAAUCGUCACAUCUAGAUGAUAUGUUGGAAUGCAGAUGUUAUAGUAUAUCAAAAUGACUUCAAGACAAUUACAGAUUGAGCGAGCCAUUUCUCAGUUACAUACUAUAUUCAGCAGACCUGUGGGGGUGUCUUGUACAUGUAGAUGGGGACAGAGAGUUUAUUAUGUCACAGCCACGGGAGAAUCCAGGCACAGAUGGAGCCGGUCUGACAGACGAAAAACCCAGAAAACAACUGAAGGUUCCUCAAUAAACCUUGGCUCAAUUUUCCAACAGAAUAAUCUAGGUGCCAUUAAAGACAUUGGAUCCAAAAGUUUGGGGCUAAAUAAAGAUAAACAGUCGCAGAUUGGGAUCACACAAUCUUUGAAUCCAGACGAACUGGAGAAGAAAAUCAAGAAACACAUAGCAGAGAUAGAGCAGGAAUUACAGCAGCUGAACGCUAAACGUAAACAGUGGCACCAAGUAAGAAUAGUGACGCUGGGAGUCAUCACCAUUGCAGUGCUGUUGGUGGCAUUUUACAUGAGAGGUAAGAAGCUGGAGGUAUCUAUCAAUCUGCCAGCAGGUGGUGCUAAUAACUACAUGGUGGUCCACCCCGAAAAGACCGGCAUCAACUUCAGUCAUGUCAAAGGGAUUGAUGAAGUUAAAGAAGAGUUGGAGACUGUGGUCAAAUUUUUAAAAGAUCCGAAAAAAUAUUCCAGCAUGGGAGCCAAGAUUCCUAAAGGUGUGCUGAUGGUGGGACCCCCUGGUUGUGGGAAGACAUUUCUUGCUAAGGCUACUGCAGGUGAGGCGGGUGUGAGCUUUUUCUACGCUGCCGGCUCCAGUUUUGAUGAGAUGUAUGUGGGAGUGGGUGCUAAACGCAUAAGAGAUCUGUUUGAUGCAGCCAAGGCCAAUUCCCCUUGCAUUAUAUUCAUUGAUGAAAUAGACAGUGUAGGGGUCAAAAGGUCACAGAGCAACAGCUUCGCCUACCAGACUCUACAUCAGCUGCUAAAUGAACUGGAUGGAUUUAACAAUGAGACAGGUGUUAUAGUGAUAGCUGCCACAAACAGACCAAACUUCUUAGAUGAAGCUCUAGUCAGACCGGGUCGGUUUGAUGUCAUUGUUUCCGUCCCACUCCCAGACCUGAAGGGUCGAGAAGAACUGUUCCAACACUACCUCCAGAAAGUCAGAUACGAUAGCUCUAUUGAUGUGAACAAACUUGCCAGAGGAACUUUUGGGAUGUCAGGAGCUGACAUCAGUAACAUUGUGAAUCAGGCCGCCUUCCAGGCAGCCCGUACCGGACAAACGGAGGUCUCAAUGAAAGACAUGGAGUUUGCCAAGGAUAAAAUUAUGAUGGGUGCAGAGAAGACGUCCAAACUGACAGACCAGCAGAUGAUAGAAGUGAUGGCGGUACGAGAGGCAGCACACGCCAUUGUAUCGUAUUACACCAAGCACUCCAUACCGCUGUAUAAAACCACCAUACUGAGGAGGGGAACCAGUUUAGGACAGACACAAGUGUUGCCCAGUAAAGAGAUUUAUAACCAAACCAAGGAGGAGAUGGCAGCACGGUUAGACUUCUAUAUGGCAGGGAGAGUCGCUGAGGAAAUGGUGUUUGGGAAGGAUAACAUCACAACAUUAAGUGCACCUACGAUUAAAAGAGCUACAGAUUUAGCGAGGACUUAUGUCACUCAAUGUGGAAUGUCGGAAAAGGUGGGAACACGAGUGUACUCUAGAGAAGAUGAAGGUCUGACCAGCCCCGAGUAUCAGGAUCUCAUCAACCAGGAAAUUAACAGACUCCUCAAGGAGGCGUACAAAAGAGCUCAGACUGUGUUACAGAAACAUAGAGCGGAGCUGAAUGUUUUGAGUAUGUAUCUGAAGAAGUAUGAGACACUUACAAAGGAAGAGGUGGAAACCAUACUGAAAGGAGGAACUCUGAAGAAAUAAAGAACUGAGGGUUAAAUUCAUCUCUAAAGAAGAGGCAGAAAAAACAUUUAAGGAAGGGACUCACAAGAAACAAAGAUUUAAAUCUCAUUUUCAUCUUCCUUAGAAAAAGGAUAUGGAAAGCUCGGUUGGACGGAGUUGCAAAGAAUACCACAAACUGCAUAAAAAAAUAUUUCCUUUUUUUUAAAAAAAAAUCAAGGUUGUGGAACUCUUAUCUGUUUCAUAUUGCAGAAUUCAAUAUUGAACAAAUUACCUCAAGUAUAAUCAUUUUUGCUUUGAGAAGGAUAUUUGGAUUUGACUGGAAAAGGUUUU